UUCCAAUUUGACAGAUGGGGUAUCUUCGGACCGUCAAUGGCGGAUAUUCCUGAAACUCCCAUUGGCUUCACCUUCCCUCUCCUAGUUGUUUUCCCAGUCGAGCGAAGGAGGGGCAGACCGAAAUGGGACUGAGAGAAGCUGCUGCGGCAGCUGCCAUGGCCGCCGCUUCAUCAUCUAUGGCGGAUUUGGGAUCCGCCAGCGGGGCACGGGCCUUGUUUCAGUGGGGUGGAACCAUCUCUGCUCUAUUUUUGUUGAUCAUGAAUCGGACAGGGAGGAAAUCACCGACACAAACUACUCUUCUUGUACUGUAUUUGUUCACAAGCUUCCCAACAGCACUCUUCAAAAUUUUAAGAGGACAAUUUGGUUCUUGGGUUGCUUUUCUCGCAGUCGCAGCAAACCUCUUCUUCCCUCGAACUUUUCCAGUAGCUCGCUUCAUAUUAUUUGUCAUUACACCGGACUGGGUAGCUUAUGGACUGCGAGGUAGCAUAGUGGGCGGCGUGUUUUGUCUCAUCCUUGGCAUCAUACUUGCCGUAGCUGAGAUUCGGGGUCUCGGAGGAUUCAUCAACUGUAGGUGUAGUUGUCAUUGCUCUUUUUAUUGGGUUGGUAUGGGUUUGCUCUUCUUGUUUACUAUAUUUUACCUGUCUUGGGAAACAUGGUGAAGUGCAAUGUGAAGGGAAGUUGAUUCCUUCCCUAUUUGUAGAUUAUUACUUGUUAUUGUUAAUUUGUUAUAGGCUUUCUAGAUUUUCUUGGGGUCGCAUUCAACCAACUGGUCAAUUACCAGCUUCCUUAGUUGCAGAACAUAUUGAUUCUUGGAAGCAGUGGAAGCAUGUGUCGGUUUUUGGAGAAAUUCUUGAAUUUUACUGCUGCCUGCUCAAGGUGGCUAGAGAGAGCAACGAACUAUGGUAGGAGAUGCAGUCGAGACUAUGUUUAUAAGUAAUUUCCAUUUCAUUC